AUGGCAGACACCAGAAGCACGCAAUAUGAAGUGGAAUAUAACGCAAAAGAUUUGAUACUUUACGCCUUAUCAGUUGGAUUUGGUUGUUCUUCCACAACUGAUGAGUUGGAGUACUUGUAUGAGCAGCAUGAGAACUUCAAUCCCCUUCCAACCUUUUGUCUGGCUCUGACGUUUUGGGCCCGAUCAAGAGAUGGAAAUACAAUGGGGAUUCCUUCUUUCCCCCCACCUCUCAUGCAAAAAGACGAUGUCAUUCCCCGGAGGUUUCUUCGGCAGCAAGAUCUGGAUCUGUCGAAUCAACCGGUGAUACAUACAUUUCAGUCGAUAAUAUGGCAUCGACCCAUGCCGAUACCAUCCUUGGAAUUUGUCUCGGGGCGUUGCAACGGCAAGGUGCGCACCACAAUAAGUCUGGAAACAGUGGCUGUACAACCAAAAUCCAUUGGAACCUUUGUCACCACCCAGUCCCAGAUUUUUGCUGCAGAACCCGCCGUCGAAGGACGCUCAAACAACAACAGUUGUCCAUUAGUAUGUACCAUGCAAUCGACCGCUCUGGUGUUUGGUGUUGAUAGUGAGAGUAUUAUCCCCUACAAAUCAUCAUCUGGUACCCCAAAGAAACAGAGUAAAAUCAAUGUCCCAAAGGAUAGACCUCCGACUUUGGAAUGGACCUUUCAGACACAGCCAAACCAAGCAUUGCUCUAUCGAUUGAGUAGCGGCGAUAGCAAUCACAUCCAUGUUGACAACUCGGCAGCCGAGAUGCUUGGAACGGGAAAAAAUGUACCCUUACUCCAUGGCCUCCUCACAUUGGCCAUUGCUUUCCGGGCUGUGUCUAAGCUGGCCAGCAAGAAUGACAGAAUACAUAUACUAGAAGGAAAAUUCACAAAACCAGCAUUUGUGGGAGAUGAGUUGCUUAUCAAGGUUUGGCGUGAAGACUCCUCUUCUGUCAGCAGAUUUAUAUUCAUCGUGCUGAAUAAGGAGACUGGAGUUACCUUGAUUGACAGAGGAUUGGCCGAAUUUGGGUCCACUUCUAACAGUCCAAUGUCAAAGAUGUAA